GUUGAAUGUCUGUCUGUAUGACAAAGUGUUUGACCCUCUUCUCAGUUUAGCCCAUGUUCAACACUGUAACAUGAUGCCUUGACUGUGUGAGGUCCAAAAGUGGAACAUUUGGAUUGCCUGAUUUUGGAUGGUGUUUGCCUUUUCUUUGCCACUGUGUGGAUUAACCGAGUCUAGAGCCAUGGAGGCGUGCAUGAGGAGACAUUUGCGAGAAGUUUGGAUUCUCCUGCAUGUGGCCGCUUGCGUGGCAGGUAUGACAGGGAGAUGCAGUCUGUUCGGACGACACCACAUUCACACGUUUGACGGGGUUCUGUAUGAGUUUCCUGGAGACUGCAGCUACUUACUGGCUGGAGACUGCAACCAUCGCUCCUUCACACUGCUGGGUGAUUUUGUCGAUGGCAAAAGAACUGGAGUCACUCUGUUUCUGGGCGAUGCCUUCGAGCUGCAUCUGUCUGUAGAUGGACUGCUUUCACAAGGAGACAAAAGACGGACUCUGCCCUAUGCGUCUCACUCUGUGUUUGUGGGUUCAGAGCUUGGCUAUUACAAACUAUGGAGUGAGGAGUUUGGUUUCACUGUAACCAUUGAUAAUGCAGCCAACAUCGCCUUGAGACUGACCAAACACCACGCCAACCGCACCUGCGGCCUCUGUGGCAACUUUAACACUGUAUCGGCUGAUGAAUAUACAGCUCAAGAAGGAUUCCUAACAGAGGAUAGUUAUGACUUUGCAAAUUCAUGGGCAGUGAAGGGGGCUGGUCAGUCAUGUCAACGUGUGUCAAAUCCCAGCCAGUCCUGUAACAGCACAAAAGAGACUUCAGCGAUUUUAUCCAGCUGCAGCGUGUUGCAGACGUCUAGUGUGUUCCUGCAAUGUGCCCACCUGGUCUCUCCUGAGGCAUUCAUGCUGUUGUGUCAGGAAGAGGCCUGCCGCUGCAACCACGGGGAUGUGGAAGACUGUUACUGCCCGUUCCUGUUGGAAUACGCUCGCACCUGCCAUGCUCACGGGAUACUUCUUCGUGGCUGGCUGGAGGAUAGCAAGUGCUUCCCAAAGUGUCCAAUUGGGAUGCAGUACAGUGAAUGUACCAAGUCCUGCUCCACAACCUGCCACAGUCUCAACAUCCAGGAGGUCUGCAAGGAAGAGUGCGUGGAUGGCUGCACGUGCCCCGUGGGUAAAGUUCUGGAUGGGAAUCGCUGUGUGGAGGUAUCUCAGUGUUCCUGUGUGCACAUGGGGCAGCAUUUCCCUCCAGGAUCCUCUAUCUCUCAGGACUGCAACACCUGUGUGUGCCGUCACGGUUCCUGGGAGUGCAGCAAUGAAGGUUGCCCUGGUGAAUGCUUGGUGGUGGGCCAGUCUCACUUCAAGACCUUUGACAACAAGUUCUUCACCUUCAUUGGUCACUGUCAGUAUCUGCUGGCAAAAGACUGCGCAGAUAACAUGUUUUCUGUCAUUAUUGAGAAUGUACAGUGUGCAGACGAUCAGGUUGCUGUUUGCACACGCUCAGUGACGCUCAGCCUGCCCUCUCUGGAGGACAUGACAGUGAAGCUGAAGCAUGGAGGUGUUGUCUCUGUCAACAACAUGGACAUCCAGACCCCAAUGCACCACGGCCGUCUGCACAUCCAGAGAUCUGUUCAGUCUUCUGUACGUGUAAAGUUUGGAGAGGACCUCCGUUUGGACUGGGAUGGACGUGGCCGUGUGCUUUUAAAGCUGGGACCGCGAUGGGCAGGGCAGACUUGUGGUCUGUGUGGUAACUACAAUGGUAACCAGGGUGAUGACUUCUUGUCUGGAUCUGGUCUGGUUGAGGCGGGUCCUCAGGCGUUCAGCCAGUCAUGGAGGAUCAACGGAGACUGUGAAUCCACUUACAAACAUGAAACUGAUCCAUGUGCCAUUAACCCCAAAAGAGUGCGUUUUGCAGAAGAGGCAUGUUCAGUGAUGAUGUCUGACGUGUUCAGUCCGUGCCACUUCCUGGUGAACCCGGGUCCGUUCCAGCGUUUCUGUCGCUAUGAUGUGUGUGCGUGUGAGGACGGUGAGCAGUGCCUCUGCUCUGCUCUGUCUGCCUAUUCAGCUGCCUGCGCUGCCAGAGGGGUGCUGCUUAACUGGAGGUCCCCCUCACUCUGCGAGCUGGAGUGCACUGGAGGUCAGGUAUACGAGGCCUGUGGGAGCGUUUGUGACCGGACGUGCCGCGCUCUGUCUGGGGCUGAGGCAGGAUGCAAGGGUGAGAGAGUGUGUGAGGAGGGCUGUUUUUGUCCUCCUGGAAAGUACCUGAGCGACUCUGGGGAAUGUGUGACAGCUGACUUGUGCACCUGCCUGCAUGAUGGACAGAUCUACCAGCCUAGUGAUGUCUAUGCGGAUCACAACAGCAUCUGCUACUGUGAGAACGGCUCCAUGCGCUGCAGCUCUCCUGAAAUGAGUCCUUCACUGUCAGACCUCUUCUAUGACGAUGACCUGGCACCAUCCAGAGAGCGCCGGUCAGUCGAGUGCCCUCCUCCACUCAUCCGUACAGACUGUGAUGUUGGAGAAAAAGGCCUUGAGUGUGCCAGAACCUGCCAAAAUCUGGAUCUGCCCUGCGUCAGCCUCGCCUGUAUCCCCGGCUGCCUCUGUCCACCUGGCACAGUACGUCACCGCAGAGACUGCAUUGCACAGGAACAGUGUCCUUGUUACCAUAACAACAGGCCAUAUGCAUCAGGACAGACCAUCUCCAUGGAUUGCAACACCUGCGUGUGUGAGAACAGGAAGUGGCGCUGCACAGAGAAAGUGUGCGAUGGCAUGUGUCGCACUGUGGGGGAGGGGCAUUACAUCAGUUUCGAUGGUCUUAAAUAUUCCUUCCCAGGCCUCUGCCAAUAUGUCCUGGUCCAGGAUAUGUGUAAUGGAGAGGAGGGUUCAUUCAGAGUGCUGGUGGAGAAUGAGGCCUGUGGUAUUGUGGGACAUCGCUGUGCAAAAGUUAUCACAAUCUUCUACCAGGGAGCAUUGAUAGUAAUGCAAGAUGGAGAGGUGAAGAUGAAGAGGCCGGUGUUGCAGGGCUCACAGGUGGAGAUUGUGCGAUCUGGUCAGUUUUACACCCUGCUGCUGGGAAAAGACAUCUCUCUCAGCUGGGACAAAGGAACACGUCUCCUGGUUCACAUCUCAGCCACAUACAGGGGCCGGGUGUGCGGUCUGUGUGGUAACUUCGAUGGGAAUGUCAACAACGACUUAAUGAGCAGCAACAACCAGCUGGAGGUAGACUCCUCACACUUUGGAAACUCGUGGAAGGUCAUUCCCAGCUGUGCUGAUGUAACACAGAUACCUGCGCCUUGCAGCGACAAUAUUGUCAAGCUGGUAACAGUGGAGCAGUCUUGUCGUGUGAUCACUGGUCCUCUCUUUAGAGAAUGCAACAGCCAGGUGGAUGCAGAGCCAUAUGUAGAGAUGUGUGUGGAGGCAGCAUGCUCUUGUCCAUCAGUGGGCGACUGUGCGUGUUUCUGUGACGUCAUCGCCGCCUAUGCUCAGGCCUGUUCGGAGAGGGGUGUAUCUGUUAGCUGGAGAUCCAAUGACCUUUGCCCCAUGAGCUGCGAGGAGUUGAACCCCAAGGUCCAAGGUAUAGGGGAGGAGUUGUGCCAGUGGCGGUACAAUACCUGUGGGCCCGCCUGUCCGAUCACCUGCCAGCACCCAGAGCCCCUCCACUGUUCGCUCACAUGUGUGGAAGGUUGCCACGCCUACUGCCCUCCAGGCCAACUAUUGGAUGAGGUAGCCAUGCGUUGUGUAGAUCCGUCUCAGUGUCAGGUGUGUAUCCAUGAGGGUCAGAGAAUCUCCCACGGCACCAAAGUCAUCCUUAACCACAAUGAUCCUGACCACUGCAAGAUAUGUCACUGUGACAACAACACCUUGAGCUGUGAAGUUUGUGCCUCCCUCACCAUGUUCACCACUCCCACACCAACACCUGCUUAUGACGCCUUCACCACUUUGCCCUUCUCCACUUUGAUGCCCGAGGGCACGUGUGACCGUGCCAUGGAUCUGGCAUUCCUGUUGGAUGGUUCAGAAGCCCUGAGCGAAGAAGAAUUUAAGGCAACUAAAGAGUUUAUACUGGGAGUAGUCGAACGAUUCCGCAUGGGUUCAGCUCACACUCGAGCCACAGUCCUGCUUUACCACUCUGGAGUCAAAACAUAUGACCUACAGGUUCAGAAAUGGCUGUUCAAGAAGACUGUGCGUGAGCUGCAUUACACAGGAGGAGAUGCAGCCUUCUUGGAUGAAGCUGUCAAGUAUCUAGCUAUCAAUAUCUAUGACAAGAACAAGCGUGAGCACGCUGGCCGUGUUGCCAUCAUCUUGACUGCUAGUGCCAACCCUCGCCCUGUCCGUGCCAUCACCAAGAUGCUCCGCAAGAAAGCCAUCACUACUCUGACAGUGGCCUUAGGUCCCGGAGUAAACAUGGCGCAGAUUAACGAAAUCACCAAGACCAACCCAGAAAACAGGGCCUAUGUGCUUAGCAGCACAGGUGAGCUGCCUGAUCAACUGUUAGAGCUGACAGAUUACCUGUGUACCUUGGGAAUGGAGCCAGAGGUGCCGAAACCUCCAACAUCAAAGUCAACUCCUGGUAAAGCUCGCCAGAGCACAACCACCACAACCUCGGCUCCUCGUUUGGAGCCCAACCACACUCAACAUGUUCCCAACAGCCCCACGUCCACCUCUCCCACUGGCCUGUCCCCCAUCACCACAUCAUCAUCUUCCAUCUCUCCUGCCAAAGAUGUAACAUUCAUCCUGGAAGGUUCUGAUUCAGUCGGUGAGGUAAACUUUAACAAGUCCCUCCUCUUCCUGGAGGAGGUUAUCUCACAGCUGGCAGAGGAGAAGGAGCUCAUUCGUGUCACCGUGAUCCAGUACUCCGUAACGGUCACUGUGGAGAUCAGUCGGUGGGAGCUGCGGUGGCAAAGGUCCCAACUGCUACAACGACUGAGGGAGAUUCGCUGGAAGGGUGGCAGCAAGACGAAUACAGGCGCAGCUGUCACUACGAUUCAAGAAAUGUCUACAAUCCGGCCUUCCCUCGGCCCCACUCCUGCUCAGCUGGUCUUUCUCGUGACAGAAAACCCACCUACUGACACAGUGACACGCCCACCAUCUACAAGCACCCACACGCAUGUGUAUCCCAUUGGUGUUGGACCAAAAGUACAUGAGACUGACUUGCUACCAUUCAGCUCCCCUCAACGCCCAAUUCUGGUCGAUGACUACAACCGUCUGACGACCCUGGUCCACCGUGUAGUCAACAUCACCCGCACCACAGUCAGGCCCCGCUCUCCCACACUCCCACCCCUGGUAGUCCCAACACUCUCCAGCUUGCCACCCUCAGUGCCAUGUAAGAAGCCUGUGGAUGUGCUGUUCCUGUUGAGGGCUGGAGAUCAGAUUGAGGACAUGAAGACAUUUGUCAAAGCUUUCAUCAAUAAUGCUGACAUAGGGCUGAAUGGCACUCAGGUGAGUGUGGUUCAGUAUGGAGACACCAACACAGCAGAGCUCACCUGGAAGCAUGAACAGAGCAAAUCCCGCCUCCUGGACAUCGUGGAGGGCAUACCACGUAGGACCACGGCUGGCCCCGCACUAGGGUCUGCUCUGCGGUUUGCUGUGCAGACGGCCAUCUCGCCGACCAGUGGUGGGAGAGUCGGUGUGGCCAAGGCUGUGGUGAUGCUGGUGACUGACAAAUCAGCUGAUGAUGUCAGAGAAGCAGCAAGGGAGGCGCUGGCUGCAGGUGUGUCAGUGUUCCCCAUUGGGGUGGGACCGGGCUAUGACAAGAGUGAGCUUAGCAUGCUCGGCCACCAAGGCAACCAAGACAACACUCUGCACUUGAAGAGCAUGGAUCAGUUACUGAUGUUGCUGACUCUGGACCAUGGUUACACAGAGAGAAUAUGCAGAGCUGGUCCACCAGGAGUGUGUGUUGAUGAUAAUGGAAACGAGAGAAAGCCUGGUGAGUCAUGGCUGCUGGAGGAUGGCUGCCACUCUCUCCUGUGCCACCCCAGCGGGGCAGUGACCGUACAGAACCACAAAGUCAGCUGUGACAGACUGGAGCCGCCAGCCUGCAGGAACAACAUGCCACCUGUCAGAGUUGAGGAGACCUGUGGCUGCCACUGGGAAUGCCCUUGCAUGUGUAUGGGCAGCUCCACCAAUCACGUGGUGAGGUUUGACGGCUUGGCGCUUAAGCUGGAUGGCGAAGGUUUGUGCACCUACACGCUUCUCACUGUCAGCAGAGGUAUCAGUGAGGGGUCAGAGAUCAAACUUCAUAGCGGACCUUGUGAGGAUUCAGCGAAUUACAACCACGUCUGCAUGAAAACCAUGGAGGUGAUCCACGGGCGGCAUAAAUUACUGUUGAAGGACGACAUGACGGCAGUGAUUGAUCAGGAAGAACUUUCACUGCCGUGGAGGUACGCCGGCCUGGAGCUGGUGCGCUAUGGAGGAGUGAUGCUGCAGCUUAAAUCAGAUCAUGGCUAUGUUCUGACCUUCACACCGCAAAGCAAUGAGUUUACCAUCACACUGACCAGCUCAACCACCACAGGCCACACUGCUGGACUCUGCGGUGCCUGUGGAGAAGAGAAAUUUAAUGUCCUUACUUUGCGUAAUGGCAAUUUCACUACCGAUCAGCCAGCCUUUGUCUCAGACUGGACUGUGGCCGUAGAAGGUGGAGUGUGUGUGCCAAAGCGAAGGACAGUGUGCACUUCUGGAGCGCCGAUGGGGUGUCAGGCCCUACGUUCAGAGGUGUUCCAACCAUGCCACGUUCACAUUCCUGUUCAGGUGUUCCUUGCCAAGUGUGAGGAGCAGGCAUGCGAGGAGUCAGAUGUGUGUGAGCUCAUUUCCGCCUAUGCACGCCUAUGCAGACAGAGGGGUGUGUGCGUGGACUGGAGGAGCCCCCACCUCUGUCCGAUACAGUGUCCCAGUUCCAUGGAGUAUGAUGCGUGUCGGACAGGGUGCGUAGAGGACUGUGACAGCAUACAGACGUUGCCAGGCGACUGGUCGGUUGUCAGGGGUAACAAGUCAUCCUGUAUGGACACACCCACUGAGGGCUGUUUCUGUACUGGAGGGACGGUUUUGAAUCACGGACAGUGUACGUCACCAGAAGCAUGCCGGCAGUGUGUUGACCAUCAGGGGCGCACAUAUGCGUACAUGCAGAGCUGGGUACCAGAUGAGAACCCCUGUUUGAUUUGCAUGUGCUUGGACCAACAACACAUCAACUGCACCUCCCGGCCCUGCAAUGACGUCAAAGCUCCAGUGUGUGGACCCUGUGAGAUCCUAAGGGAGAAGAGAGAGUCUAAGUGCUGCCCAGAGUAUGAGUGUGUGUGUGAUCUGGUGAGUUGUGACCUGCCCGAGGUGCCCCGCUGCGAGGAUGGUCAGACUGUGGUUCUGAAAAACCCAGGGGAAUGUCAGCCUGUGCACGAGUGCGUCUGCAAAAAGGAAGAGUGUCCCCUUCAAGCUCCCCCUGACUGUCCCGUACAUCGCCAACUCUCAGUGAAAAAGACCAAAUGCUGUGACGUCUUUGAGUGUGUGUGCAAUUGCCAGAACUCCACCCACACCUGCCCUGCUGGAUUCAUCACGUCCUCCUCUACCAACGACUGUGGCUGCACGGAAACCAGCUGCCUGCCAGACAAGGUGUGUGUGGUUGAUGGCGUGGUUCACCCACUGGGGGGUGAAUGGGAGGAAGGGUGCAAGAAGUGCACUUGCACGCAGCUACAGGACAAAGACAAAUUGCUGCACAUUGCUCAGUGCACGCCGCCUGUGUGUGAUCGAAACUGCCCUCUGGGCUCCACAUACAGCCCAUCAAACGGAGAGUGCUGUGGGAAGUGCACACCAACCAGCUGUGUGGAGUCAGAGGGACAGAUGCGAGGGGACACACUGAUUGGGGGGAAACUCAGACGUGUGGGAGAGGUAUGGCAGUCUCCACGUGAGAAAUGCGUGCUGCAACAGUGUGUGAAAGUGAAAAAUGAGGUGUUCAUCUCUGCCACAAACAUCAGCUGUUCCGCUAUGGACACUCCGUCCUGCCCGCUGGGAACCGAGUUACGCUGCGACACACAGGACUGCUGCCCCCGCUGCCAAUGCGCUCCCAUGGAUGCCUGUGUCCUCAACCACACUGUGAUAGGAGCGGGGGAGAGGCUGAUGGUGGAUGUGUGUACACACUGUGAGUGUAUGGUGGAGGCUGGUGCUGUGAAAAAAUACAGACUGUCCUGCAGGAAAACCAGGUGUCCCUCUUGCCCCAUGGGAUACACUCUGCAGAAGGAGGAAGAUGCUUGCUGUGGUCGAUGUGUUCCAACUGCCUGCUUUAUGCAAAGGCCAGAUGGAAAACUGAUCAAUGUGCAGGUGAACACCACUAGUGAGGAUGGUUGCAACCUGUAUACCUGCAGUCUAAACAGUAAAGGAGAUCUUGUCCUGCAGACCAAAAUCACCACCUGCCCUCCUUUUAACCGCCAAGCUUGCCUGGACCAGGGGGGGAAAGUCACCCAGAUUGGAACAACCUGCUGUGAAAUGUGUACGGAGCCAGAAUGUCGAAGGACAGCGGGAACACUUAACUACAUCAAAGUGGAUGACUGCCAAUCAGAACAACAGAUAGAGCUACACUACUGUGAGGGCAAAUGCCGCAGUAAGUCCAUGUACUCCCUGGAGAGGGCUGCCGUGGAGCAGGAGUGUGUGUGUUGUUCUGCUGUGGCGACAGAGCCUCUCAACGUUCCCGUCCUGUGUGCCAACGGCACGCGAAGCCACCACACCGUCCUGUCUGUCACUGCGUGCGACUGUCUGUCCAAACACUGCACUUAAAGAAAAACAGGAAGAGAGAGAGAGAGAGAGAGUUUAUAAAUACAGAUUGUAUGUAUGUAUCCAUGCAAAACAUACACAUAUAAAACAGCAUAAAUGGCUCCAUUUAAAGGCAUUUACAUUUAACAUAACAACAAAAAUAACAAUAAAACACAUCUGUCCAUUUCUAUAAGCACUACUUUUCUGUCUGUGUUUUAUUUUAAUCUGAAUAUUUCUACAUAAAUGUGUAAAUUGUUAAAAAAUGAAAACAAGUUUCUGAUUUU